UUCCAACUGCCGCGCUUCGGGGCUUGGCGGGCUCGGCCGAGCGCAGGGGACGGUGGCGGUGGGGACGGGCUUUGUGGCCACCACGUCCUGGACAAACUCCCCCGCCAACCCCGAGGGGAAGUCACACAUCCACUGGGUUCGCUCAGUGGAAGAGGAAGACGAAGAAGCCGCCCGGCUGGCCGCGGCGCCGCCUGCCUUCCAGAAUGAAAAGAAAUGCCGAGGAAUAAGUAAAGCUCUUCUCUUCCGACUUCAGUAUUUAUAAUGGGUAUUGGGAAGUCUAAAACAGAUCACUACCCUCUUUCUUUCUCUUUGGGCAAAAGCCACAGUGUGAAGACAAGACCAAGACAUCAUGAAUCAGAGUCCAAGAAAUCAGAAAAACUCUCCCUGAAUGAUCAGGCUGAACAUAGCAAUAUAACAGAAGAGCCAGCAGGAGAGCAGGAGCACGUGGAAGAAAUACCUGAAGAGGAAGCAGAAGAAGAAGAAGUGUUCUUCAAAUUUGUGAUACUGCAUGCGGAAAGCGACAUAAAUGAAGCCCUCAGGGUCCAGAAUCUGCUACAAGAUGACUUUGGUAUCAAACCUGGAAUAAUCUUUGCUGAGAUGCCAUGUGGCAGACAGCAUUUACAGAAUUUAGAUGAUGCUGUAAAUGGGUCUGCAUGGACAAUCUUAUUAUUGACGGAAAACUUUUUGAGAGAUACCUGGUGUAAGUUCCAGUUCUAUUCAUCCCUGAUGAACUCUGUCAACAGGCAGCACAAAUACAACUCUGUUAUACCCAUGCGGCCCCUGAGCAAUCCCCUUCCCCGAGAAAGGACUCCCUUUGCUCUGCGAACCAUCAAUGCCCUAGAGGAAGGAAGUCGUGGCUUUCAUACUCAAGUAGAAAGAAUUUUUCAGGAGUCUGUGUAUAAGACACAACAAACUAUAUGGAGAGAGACAAGAAAUAUAGCCUAAAGGCAAUUUAUUGACUGAGACAAAAUGCAGAACACAUGGCUGGCUCUUGUAAAAUAAAUGACUUGGCUUCACUUGAGAAAGCAAUUUCAAGGAAAUUUUUAAAUAAAAGAGAGCCUUAUUCUUACAGAAACUAAUGGCACAAAGGACAGAAAUUUCUGCAGGACAACCUAUGGAAAAGUAGUACUUUUUUAACUAUAUUUUUUAUUUUUGGAGAAAAUAGAUAUAACAAAACAUACACCCGUUCAAAAAUUUCUAUAUGCACAGAUCAGUGCCAUUGGUUACAUUCUUCACAUUGUAUCACCAUUCUCACUAUCUCUACCCAUAUUGUUUCACUAUCAUUAACUUUUACUCUCUUUGCCGUUUAAAGUUCUCAUCUGUAUUUUAGCAUUACUGUUGUCAGUUUGCUCUUACAUAGAUAAUUCUUUAAGAGUACAAUGUUCAAGGCUGACGUUUUUUAACUGAGCUAAACUGUUGUUUUGUUUACAGAUGACUUCAUGGGAUAUUUUUGGUUCAAGGUUUACAGAUUAUUUCAGGACAAUAUGUUCAGGGGUUUCCCCAGUUUCAGUGGAUGCAGUAAGUCUGGUUUCCAUAAGAAUUUGAUGUUCUGUUCCACAUUUUUCCUCCUUUUGAUCAGGAUCCAUCUAUUGGGUUCUUGAACAAAAUGUUUAGUAAUGGUAACUGGGCACCAAUCAUUUCUUGUGCUCUCAUGGCAAAGGAGGUAGUAAUUCAUGAAGGCAAUUAGAUCUGCAGUCCAUUUCUUUCUCCAAUUCCUGGUUCCCCAUCUUCUACUGCUCCAGGCAAAUAGAGACCAAUUAUUGUAGCUGGGGUGGCUUCUGGCUUUUAAGAUUCCAGGCACUGUGGAAAUGUAGUACUUUUUGAUGAUUUGAUAAACUCAAGACUGUCAGAGUUUCAAGAACUUUUAUGGUUUUCCUAGUUUGUGGAUGUGACAAAGGGUAUUCUCAAUUUAUAUUUCUUGUAUUGAACCCUGGACAAAAACAUUUGUGAUAGGCAUUUUAAAAAUGCUUCCAUUUUCUGAAUUUUGUUCUUCUCAAAGGACACAGAUGAAAAUGGCCCAAGAGAUCUUACCACCUUCUGUCUAGAGGCACUUCUUACAAAUGUUAUCGUAAAGCAUUCCCAUUAUUGUCACCAAGAAAUAUGGAUUGCAGGAAAAGAAGAUUUAGAACGUUGAGUGCUGAUAUAUGUGAAGUAGAAGUAGGGAUGAGCAUGGUGGGAGUUUUUAAAAGAAUGUAGUCAAAAAUGUUUCCUUUCUGCUGGAAUUUGCACAUUUGGAGGCAAUGCCCACCAUUGAUUAGCAGCCCAUUUGAUAGCAUGGUGGUUAGAGACUCCAUGGAGUGGUGUUGAGAUGUCCCCUGAAGCCUGGAGUGCUCCAACUUAGUCGCUGUAACUAGGGCUUUAUUUGCAGAGCUUCUGAAAGAUGUAUGAUUGGGUAUGAUUGGCCAGAUGUUCUCCAUUAAAAUCAAUAACCUCUCCAUCACAGCCUUUAAAAAGUAUCUCUCACACACACAGUGCUCUACCCAGGAAAUAUUUUUUGUCUGGGUGUUCAGAGUAGCUGGAUAGGUAGUAUGUUUUGUGGAGUAUUUUUUAAAGACUUUGGAUGGUUGUAGGAGAUGUAUUUUAUCACCUCCUCUAGUGCCUCAGACUGUAAUAAGCCAGAGAGACCCCAAACAGAACUAUCCUCCCCCACCCCCACUCCUGCUGUCUGUCUGAUAUUGAGGGAACAAUAUCAAGCACAAAUUGGGGACAGGUGGAGUGUGAGUCACAUUAUGUCAUAACUGGAAUAACACCCCACGGGGAGUCAGGAGACCUGGUUCUAAUCCAAACUGCCAUGGAGGAUGAGUGUGACUGUGGGCAAGCCAGUUUCCUUCCUUUAUCAGUGAAAUGAAAGGGUUGGAUUGAUGGAUCUAAGAGCCUUUGUCCUCCCACAGAAUGUGAAAAACUAGAAACCAGAAAAGGGUCAGGUAGGAAAGAUAGCAUUUUAUAAUGUGACAUAUAGUAAAAUAAUUGCAGGAGGCUUUAUAUAUACUUAUAAUUAAAGAAUAGUUUUAUAUGUUUACAGCUUAAUUGAUUUUAAGUCCAGUCUAUUAUACUUUUCUAGUGACAGAAAAGAAUUAUAAUACAUGUUUACUCAGGGUUUUUAAAAUACUUUUUUAUAGAGACCUUUGAAUGAAGACAUUCUGCCUAAUUUUUCUUUCUCCUUAUCCCUUCUCUUUAUCCGCAACGGGUUUGGUUUUGAGCCCUGGUAGUGCAGUGGUUAAGAGCUACAGAUGUUAACCAAAAGGUCGGCAGUUUGAAUCCACCAGCCGCUCUUUGGAAACCGUAUAGGGCAGUUCUGUUCUGUCCUGCAGCGUCACUAUGAGUCGGAAUCAGCUUGACGGCAGCAGGGUCUGAUUAUGGGGUCUGGUCACACAAAGAGCCAUGAGUCAAAAUGUUCCAUGAGGAAUACUUUCCAAUAACCCUACAAGUCAAACCUCCGACUGUAUUAGUACUUAUUAAAGGAGAUUGUUUUCAUUGCACGGUGACAUUUUCUUGACCUAAAGUCUCUAUCAUAGUGUCUUACUACUCAUUUUUCUUUUUCAGUUUUAAAUAAUAAGUAUUCUUUUUUUUUGCCAUAAUGUUUCUUAUAUCUCAAAUUUCAUGUACUAAUGAAACAUUAACCACCCACUCUUCAUUCCUGCCAAACUUGGAGCAAUUGAUGAUGGAUGGUAUUUGUAAAAUAAAUGUUUUUAUUCUUUACCUUUGACUAAACUUGAUUUCUAACUCCAGUGAAGAUUAGUAGAUCACCAGGCCUUUCUUCUUAGUUCCGAAGCUCCGCUGAAACCUAUUCAGCAUCAUAGCAACACGCAAGCUUUCACUGACAGAUGAGUGGUGGCAUGAGGCGCACUGGCCAGAAAUCGAAUCUGGGUCUCCUGCAUGGAAGGCGAGAAUCUUACCACUGCCUGGUUUCCAAUGAAGAUUAUGGAAAAGUGUUUUGAAAAGAAGGAUCAACCUGUACUCCUUCAUAGAGCAUCAGGCACAAUGUCUCAUCUGAUUUAGAAUUCAGUAUUUUUUUUAAUGAAGAAACUGAAUAAUGCUGAAUAACUAUAUGUUGCAAUUAACAGUUGUAACAAGGUAUUAUCAAAAUAGUGAAACAAGAUGGAAAGAGGUAAAGGUGUGGGCUUAAUGCUGUGUUGUGUGUGUGUGUAUGUAUGUCCACAUAUAUAGAUCUAGAUACAUAAACAUGGGGAAAUGUGCCACAA